AUGACUACUUCUCGUCUCAAAUUCUUAACAACGUCGAAAGGAAAGCCACUACCGGUUUGUGAUGGCUAUAUGUACACUUUGAAUAACGAUCAACGCCAUAUGAAGUAUUGGCGAUGCAAAGAUCGUUCAUGCUCUGCAAAUAUCUACACCGACAAAAACGAUAAAUUCAAAGCUCGUAAAGGUAAGCACGAUCAUUUGCCAUCACCGGAACACGUCGAAUUACUUGAACUCAAUCACAAAGUGAAGUCUCGUAUUACCAAAGAAUCUGCACCUAUAGCUCUUAUUUACGAUCAGGAGCUGGCUGCGGCACAGUUUAGUCUUCCUGCUUUAGCUCUUGCACCUUCGGCGAAAGAAGCGCAAUCGUCUCUUCAACGCUUGCGUCGGCAAACAACAUCAUGUCUUCCAACGUCAUGCUAUUUUGGAAUACCAGAUUGA